CUGUGGUUGCUCCUUUUGGCUCUGUGGUUCCUGGCCGUGCCCGGAGUCAACCAAGUGGAAGGUCAAACAUGGAGAGAACAGGUGGGCUUAGGCUGCAGCGACUUCCAACCGAGGUGUCGCAGGCGCCCCGCGUCGAGAAUCUCCGCGGAAGCAGCCGGGGCAGUCAGGUGCGUUCGGAGUCAAAUCAUAGCUGGGCGCACGAUUUUCGGGAUCCUGUCCGUGGAGCCAGCCGACGCGAGGAUUUGAAACUAUUUCGGAACACAGCGAAGGAUCAGCUUCACGUCACCAGAGAGGUGGCACAUCAGUCGACACAUCGGGAAGUGCUUCCUGCGACUGGCAAAGAUGAGGUGUCAUUGAAGCCUUUGGUUGACCCCCGCAAUUUGGAGGAAUUCGUUCAACAAGACUUGGACACUUUCUGGAGGUGGUGCCCAACGCCAGUGGAUGGCUUGCACAGGUGUGGCCUAUUAGUGAAACUGUUUGACUACUGUGGCCUCACAAGGAAAGAAAAUAAGGCAGGAGACAAGGUCAGGCGGCUCAACAGUGAGCUGCAUGCGUUGGGAGUUUUCACCACAGAUCAAGUUGAGCCCCACCAACGCGUGCCAUACGAGGCAUUUGUUCAGAGUCGUCGAUUACGAGAGGCUGUACAGAACUGUUCGGACGCCAAGCGUUCGUGGGAAAGGAAGAGGAAAGGCUGCAGGCCAGCUGCAGGGCAGACUCCUUUGGCGCUUUGGGUGCUCAAUGUGAUAUCGUUCGAAAACAAGGCGAUUGCGUAGGUUGAUAUGGACGGCUGAGAGACUGGAAAUCAAAUCGUUGUUUCUAGAUUGGACUGAUAGUCUUGAGUUUGGUAUGUUUCCAACACGUUGCUAAGGGGUGAAUGUGCUCCAUCACCAAUGUCAUUGAUUUGCGCGAGAGUCUCUCGGCAUCGGCCUGAUAAUAUUGAGGGCCCCUAUGCAUUUGCAACAAUGCAAGUGUGUGGGUGUGUGCCGUUGUAAUAAUAUGUCUUCCACUUUUGUGUCCAGCUGGCGAGCUAUCGCAAGCAAACCUCAGUG